AUGGUUUUUGCACAAAGAGAAAGAGUGGUUAGCAACUUGGCUAGAUUUGUGAUGAUUAUAUGGCUUAAGGGUUUCAAAACAAUGGAAGAAAUUGAUGAAGCUCUUUCAAAAGGAAGUGCAAAUGGUGGUAUUGCUGCUGUUGUUGAUGAAACCCCCAACAUGAAGCUUUUUGUUGCAAAGUUUUGUUCCAAGUAUACUAUGAUAGGGCCUAUCUUUGAAACUGCUGGGUUUGCCUUUGUGUUUCCAAAACGUUCCCCUCUUCUGUCGGAUGUUUCACAGGCGGUGCUAAACGUGACUGAAGGAGAGGUGAUCCUGAACAUUGAAAACAAAUGGUUCAAGAAAGGGGACAAUUGUGAAGAUAACCCCACCCAAGAGCUUUCCAACAACAGUCUUGGCCUUGAUAGCUUUUGGGGGCUAUUCCUCAUUUCUGGGGUGGCUUCAAUACUUUCUCUCAUCAUAUUUGUAGCUUCAUUCCUUUACAGGCACAAGCACAUCUUGAAACACCCACCGGAUUCAAAAGCCUUAACAUGGAGAAAGAUUCGAUCCAUGUUCGAAAUUUUCAAUGAAAGAGACUUCAACUCUCGUAUGUUUAAGAGCAGUCAACAGAGAGAUGUUAUUGCUGGUAAUCCAGAUAAUAUUGCAGGAGAUGCUAAUUCACCAAAUAACAACUGGCCAGAAAGUACAUCCAGCUUUAGUUCCAACCACACAGAUGCAAAUUUUGAAUUCUUUGUAGGGCAACAAACACAAUCUCCUGGUCAAGCAUCUCCAGAAAUAGUUCCAAGUACUACUGAUCCUGCUAUCAUUAUUGCAGAAAUGCGUACAACUUCUGCAACAGCUCAAGAUAACAAUUAA